CGGCAACCUAAACCGACAAUCACACACACAUACACACAUACACACUCCCUCUUAGUUGUUAGCUGUUUGUUCAGACCGUAGGAAGACAUCAAGGAGCCGCAAAGAAAAAAAAAAAAACAUGGAAAAUGAGAAGAAGAGGAAGCUGAAGGAGAGAUUUGGCCUGAGGCGGGACAUCUUAAAGGAGUUCCUGGCGGAAUUUCUGGGAAUAUUCGUCCUGAUACUCUUUGGAUGUGGUUCAGUGGCCCAGACGGUGCUGAGUAAAGGGGGUCUUGGGGAACCUUUGACUAUCCACAUAGGUUUCACUCUGGGAGUCAUGAUGGCCGUCUACAUGGCAGGGGGAGUGUCAGGAGCUCACGUGAACCCUGCCGUCUCUCUGGCCAUGGUGAUCCUGGGGAAGUUGCCUCUGAAGAAGUUCCCUGUGUACGUGGUGGCGCAGUUCCUGGGGGCUUUUGCUGGAUCCUGUGCCGUCUAUGGGUUGUAUUAUGAUGCUUUGAUGGAAUUUACCAAUGGACAAUUCCUUGUUACUGGUGCAAAUGCUACAGCCAACAUAUUUGCAUCCUAUCCUGCAAAACACCUCUCAGUCCUAAAUGGGUUUGUUGAUCAGGUAAUUGCAACAGGCGCGUUGAUCCUGUGCAUCCUGGCCAUCACUGACAGGAGGAACAUCGGGGCUCCAAAAGGUGUAGAGCCGCUUUGCAUUGGCCUGAUCAUCAUGGCCAUCGGAGUGUCCAUGGGUCUGAACUGCGGUUAUCCCAUCAACCCAGCACGGGACCUCGGCCCACGCUUCUUCACCGCUGUGGCGGGAUGGGGCAUGGAAGUUUUCAGUGCUGGAGGUUGCUGGUGGUGGAUCCCUGUGGCAGGACCAAUGGUGGGCGGAGCAGUCGGAGCAGGAAUCUACUUUCUCUUCAUAGAGUUGCACCAUGCUGAGCCUGAGAAACAAGAGGAAAACAAUGUCCAGGACAAGUAUGAAAUGAUAACUGUAAGUUAAAUUUCAGAAUCAAGAUAGCGGAAUAAAGUUACAAUACUGUUGAGAUUCACCUCAAAAGGCAAAAAUUUCCAUCCAGACGAAGCAUUUUUAUACAUUUCUACAAUAAUUCUGAAAAAAUUACAUGUCAUGGUUUAAAAGAAAGCAUGUAUCUGAUUACAAAUAUGCAUGAAUGUUUUAUGAAGCCUUUAAUGUUUCUUUAAUUAGAAUAUCUUGUUUUUUUUUUAUUUUCCAGUUGUAUCUAGUCAAAUCUUUGUAUGGAGAGUCUCCUCUGUAUUACAGCUGUGCAGUAUUCUGUAUAGUUUAAUGUUUCUAAUCAGGAUCAUCUCCUCUCAUUCGAAAUAUUUGCCAAGUGUCUCUACAGUAUGUUUAUUUUGAAUGCUGUCUAACAAAUGGGAGCACAUAGCACUUAGAGACCACAGCAGAGGUGGGGUCAUUUUUGAUUGUUUUUAGCCGUUGUGUUACAGUCAGGACGUUUAUGUUGAAAGACUUUCUCCUUCCAUUCCCGUCAUCCUUUGCAUGUGUUUAAAAACAGUUAUGUGUUUCAUUGCUACAUGACAGUAUUUUGUUUUAGCUUUUAGUACACAUUUAUUUAGAACUUCCAGCCUUAACAUGAUUAGACUAGUGUUACUGAUUUUUUUCUCCAUAGUUUUUUGACACACAAACCUUAAUCCUAACCGUGAGAGAUUCAAUUGUACUGCAUGCAUUGACAUGGUAAAACAACACACACGUUGCACAAUACACAAUAAAUCAUGACAAUCACUUUGUCUUUUUUCAUCUCUUGAUGAGAUUUUGUGAAACAGGAAAGUUAAGAAAGUCAGAAGCACAACAUCAGAGAGGGAAUUUGUUGUAAUUUCCCAGAAUUAAACAUAAUUUGGUUCAUAUUUUGAUACAUUUCUUGCCCUGCUCUACACGUCUUUGAUGCUUUAGCUUAUGUUGUGAUUCAAUUUCUUAAUUUGUUCUUUUUGUUGUUGAUUAUUUUCAGUUGUUUUUUCUAAGGUAGAUAAUGAAUGUUAUUUUUGUCAGUAUUAUUUGUCUGAAUAAGCUAUUCUUCUUUUACACUCCUCGUUGUAUCCUGAUAUGAAGUCAAGUUUAAUGAUACUAUUUCUUUCUUCACACUAGGAUCAGUGGUGUAAGCAGAGUAUUUUGUGAUACACAAAUGUAACUUUAUGCAAUGACGAUGCUAACCCCAAAAGAUACCUGAUGUUUUCAGAGAUAAAUUGAAAAAUAAAUCAUAACAGCACUGCGA